AUGCUGAGAAGCGUCCUUUACAGUAGAACGUCUGUAACUAAAUCCUUCAGUUCUUUCCUCCGAAGAAAAGCUCAGGUUAGUUUGUGUCUGUUUUAGCCAGUUUGUAGCCUUUUUCUUUUUAAUUUAAUAGCUCACUCUAAGUGACUUACUUAGAAAUACCGCAUGUCUAGAUAUACGUGUCCACGAGUUAAAACUACACUUAAUAUAAGUUAUAUGCAAAAGGGAACUUCUCAAGUAAAAACUGUUAUAAUAAGGCCAUAAAACGUGCCCUGCAAACGUUCAUGGAAGAUAUCGCGUACCUGAAGUUAAGCCCGUAUUGGAAAUACUAAAACAAGUGGCAGAAAAUAUGAUGAAGCAAACAGUUCUGUAGAAAGCAAAACGAUCAUUGGAUCAGUUUUAGCAGGAAUUUUUGAAGUAUCUGUGUUGUGGUUUGCAGUCAACCUACAGUGUGACAGAUGUCAAGCCACUGGUAUCUGGAAACUGCUUACAAAUAGAUUGGAAGGACGGACACACAUCCACGUAUGAAUACCUUAGAAAUGGGCUAAUUUAGUGUACCAUUAUUUCGAACUUCCCGCAUUAGAGACCAAGUGCUGAUAAUGCGAGAAGGUACGAGGAAAAAAUCAUAGGGACCAGGGGUCUUUCAUGGGUUCCGACACAUCUAUUUUUUAGGAAAAGAGAAUGCAAUUUUUAAGUUACGUUAUGUGUUGUCAUGUAAUGUCUCUGGAAGUCUUUGGUAUACUCUGAGUCUGUUGAGUAGCGCAGUUCAUGCGAUGGACACCACGUUUCAAACCGUCGCUUUCAAGAGGCUUAAACCAAAAAAUGGAAAUAGACCUUUUUAGCUUGUAUGUCUCAAUUUGUUUUACCAUUUCAGACCACGUGAUGGUACCGCAAAGAACUUUUCUUUCAAAUUUUGUCCUAUACACGGUCAUACACGUGUAUCCAUGUGUAUAUGAUGUAUGCACAAUUUACGAAACGACAAAGGCAAAUUCCCUUGAGAACGCCAUGUUAACUGAGGUGGGAAACAAAACUUCCAAGCUAAAAAGGUGUAUUAUUAUAAAACGUUCGCUCUGAAAAUUGGUCCCUGUUGCUUACACAAGGUGGUAAUCUACCUAGAGUUCCCUCUAUAGGGCUAUGACUAGGAAUAUUUUGUGAUCUGGAUUGCUGACCAAAACGAGUUAAAUAUGAUAGAACAAGGACAAGGCGUUGUCAGUGUGGGUGUGCUUGUUUGUGGGAGGGCUUGCACCUCCUCCCAUCAUUCUGUGACUUCCAGUGGAGGCCUUAAAACGAUCCACUGCCAACAGCCAACGGUCAAUUCUAAACAGUCAAUUGAUGAAUAUCGAUUUCACAGAAAAAAAAUUAUUAUACGUACAGCUGUACAUACAUUUACACGAUUACAACUUUUAACACCUCCGUUCUCAAAUAGCUACUAGGUUAAUCGUGCUGUAACAACUAACUGUAGAUUCGGAAAACUACACAAGUCAUUUCCCUUUUUUUGGUUAAUAUACUAUAUGUUUAAAAUUAAAUAUGUACAUUUCUUUUAAAAUCGUUCUGAUUCUUUUGUUCAUUAACUUAUUUAAGGUUCCACAGUUGUUGGCUGCGGCUUUGUUGCCAAUGUGAUAAGUGCAAGCAAUCAAGUAGUGGUCAGAGGACUAUUAAUGUCUCAUCUCUUCCUGACCCAAUAAAACUAUCAAGUUUUUCAAUUUCCGGUACGUGGGCGUGAGUUAUUAAGCUUAAAUGUUGUUACAGAUGUUAUAUGUCUCACAAGUUUCAAACAAGUUGAUUUUAUUAUGUACCGUACAUUGUACUAUGCAAGGCUUUUGUAGACGUUUACUGAAUAACCCGUUAAAGUAAAAUCCUCAGCUUUAUUAUGCUUACUGUUCUUAACAUAUACGAAUCACUAUGGAGUAAGACACACAAACAGCCUUUUCUUUGUUAAUGUGUUGUGAUAGGCAAACCAUUAACUUGGGCCUUUUAAUAUAAUCUUAGCUGUAAAUUGAUUGUGAUUUUUCUUCCUAUUGUUAUACAAAGUAUUGUCGAUAUCCGUAGGUAGAAAAUAGAAUAUUUUGACCGCAGAUAGGUUAAUAACUCAUUCGGUAGAGCACCGGCCUGUAGAGUGGGAUGUCACAAGUUCAAUUCUUGGGACCAGAACAAUACUCAUUCUCUUAAAAUAGCUUACUAAUUUAUUCUAUUUUUUUUUUCAGAAAAUAAGCAAAAUCUCCUUUUGGCUUGGGACUUUGAAAAUGAUCAUCAGGGAGUGCUUAACUUAAAAUGGCUAAGAGAAAAUUGUUACUCUGAACCAGCAAGGAAGAUACAAUGUGAAAUGAGAAGGACACAGCCACACUUAGGACAGGUAUUGAGCUCUCAUGACAACAAUCAGAUAAAGAAGCUUAGAACAGGUGAAAAAAUUACUGAUUUACUACGAAGAGAUGUAUAAAACUUAUAAAAAGAGUGAAAGAUACACUAAUUAUCAAAUUACACUUUCACAAUAAUACAUUUGUUAAGUUGUAAUUAUCAAAACCUCUUUAAUACAACAUUUAGUUAUAAUACAUGAUAAGUCAAUAUGUAUCGGCAUGAAACUGUGAUCAUAUAAUCGAAAUGUCUACUGAAAAUGAAAGAUGUUGACUCCAACACAUUUCUGUUUUAAUCACUAUUUAACAGCACAACCUUCCAGAGGUGAAGUACAGUGAAAUGAUGGAAACUAAGGAAGGUCUCUGGAAGUAAGUUCCCUCUUUUGUGUGUAUCAAGGACCCAAUAAAUGAUUUUAUCAUUCAUUCAAAAUAUUUCCCCAAUUCUUAUUGGCUAAGGCACACGCAUAAUGCACCAUAACCAGUUACUGAUGACCAAAUUUGGAAGAAUUUUGUGUUUAACGAGGAAAUGACGUCAAAAAUGUAGCCUUGUACAUGCAUCGUUAAACGAGAAGACCUGGGGACGAGAUUGUAUUGUUUUCGUCGAAAAACUAAAAUGGCGGACACCUCGUUUCAAGAGUAAGAACUACAGCUGGAACUAGGCGAAAUAAUGGCUAAAAACAUAGCAAAAACAGCAAGAAGACAACUCGGAGGGCGACAUCUGCUAUUUGGAGAAUAUUUGCGGAGCUGGACAAACCUAAACGUAAACUAUCGAAGAUAAACUUAACAUCGAUGCAGGUAAGCUUGUUUUAGCUAUGUUUUUAAAUUGGGAAUUAUUUUGAAUGAAUAAUAAAACAAUUAUUGAAUUCGGCUUUCGUAUCAUAUGAAGAAUCAUGGAGAUCUCGGAGGGUGUUAUCCGCCUCGGCUUACGGCCUCGACGGAUAACACCCUCCUCGAUCUCCAUAAUUCGUCAUAAGAUACUCAGCCUCCUUCACUAAUUGUUAAGUAAUCACCAUUCCUAAAGGAUAUAUUGUUUAAUUUACAGGUUGAAUACAAGCACCGUAUAAAAUUCACUGACAGCCCUUAGAUCAACAUUGAGCUCAGGAUAUAAGCGCUCUGGAAAUAAAGCUAUCACCAUUUCUUCUUUAAAAUGUGUAAACCAUGUAUAAUCUAUGAGAUUCUCAAUAAUUGACUAAUUAUUGACUGGAAAUCCUGCAGUCUAAUUACUUUAAAUAUGCAAGGAGCGUUGUCUAGACCUCGUUCGUUCAGGCAGUUUUACGUUUGCAACACUAGUUGACAGAUAAUAUUUUAAGUAUAAAGCGUUCUUUUGGCCCCCAUAUCUUGUUAUGUUAGUUUAAUAUUUAACCAUCAUGUGUUUCCUGCUGUAUUUAAGAAUGCUUUGCCAACUAAGUGAUCAUGGGAUGUCAUUGGUAAAACAAGUGCCAAUUGAUGACGAGGAAACUGUUCGUAAGGUGAAUGAAGCUAUAGUUACUAUAAUAACUGAAGUUAGAUAGUCAACAUUCUCUAAAAGCUGCUAUUCUGACACAUUUCAUUCGUCUAGUUUUGAGCUGAAUUUUUUUAGCUGUGAUUAUGAAACACGUCACCCAAUCAAAACGAAAAGAUUCUGCAAAAUGUGCAAAUGUUAGGUGUCAGGCAAAGUAGUACGUAGAUUUUGGUGCAAGAUAAUGUCCAAGGGAACAUUGUUUAAAAUUUUCUUUUUUAUCUACCAGGUUGCUAGAAGAAUGGGACCUCUUCAUGAAACCAUUUAUGGAUUGGUUAGUACUAAUAACUGCAUUGAAUAGCGAUAUUCCAUGAGUGGUUUUUGCGGCUGAUGAUGAUCUCAGCGUUAAGUGGUACUAUUUUUUUUUAGACAUUUAAUGUGUUGACUGUUCCCAAUCCAAUCACUAUUGCGUAUUCUGAUGUUGAAUUGGCUCUGCACUCGGAUCUGGUGUAUUAUGAGUCUCCACCUGGACUUCAGUUUCUUCACUGCCUAAGGUAUAAAGCUAAAUUCUAAAUCAUUUUUGAGAAACUUUAACGGCUGCAUUGCAAUCGAGACACCUCGUUCCACUGCGUCCUGUAACAAGUGCUUUAAUACCGCCGCCCGGUUAGCUCAAUUGGAUAAGUGCCGGUCUGCCGAGCGGGAGGUCGAGGGUUCAAACCCGGCCCUACGAACACACAGGGUCUCAAAAUAACUGAGGAGAAUGGGCUGCCUUUGCUGUGACACCUACAAAUGGUUAGACCUGAUUCUAGUCCUCCCGGAUAAGGACGACAAACCGUAAGAUCCGUCUGACAGCUCUUUCACCGUUGUAAUUCUUUUGGGACGUAAAAGAACCCACACUGCUGUUCGUUGAAAGAGUAUGGGGCGUAGACCCGAGUGGUGUGUAACAACUCAGUUUCAUGGGCUGGGUGGGUAAUGAAGGGGUUGACAUCAUUGGGACGCAAGUCCUGUUUCAUCCUCUGUCACCGUGUUGAGUCACCACGUCGAAUUCGGUACAGCUAAAGCCGGAACAUUAUUCCGUUUGUCUAUGCUUAGAUUCGAUCCAGAAGUUGAAGGAGGCGAGAGCAUAUUUGUAGAUGCUUUUGAGGUUGCUAAGGAUUUAAGAAAUCAGUUUCCUGAUGACUUCAAUAAUCUUGUGCGUAUACCAGCAACAUUUC